CACCGUUCACGCAAAAAAAUCAUAAAGCGCACGCCGUAUCCCAACUUCCCAACGGGCUUGAAAGGACCUAGUCAGCAACUGCGGAUCUUCUCACCAACUUCACCUGGCCAUCGCCCGCAGAACAGACAGGCAGCUCAACCUCAUCCCCAAUUCCGACAACACACCUGUGUAGCACGAUGUUGUCCUUGCGCUCCCUUCCCUUGCUGCUGGUGACGGCGACGGCCGUCGUCGCUCAACUCGCUAACUACAACUGCGACGCAACUGCCUGCAAGGCGCCCGCAUGUCGCUGCGCUAGCGCCACACCACCCGUCGACGAUCCACCCAUGUUCUUGACGUUGACAUUCGACGACUCUGUUCAGGCUUCGGUGUGGAAGCAAGCUCAAGCGCUCUUUGCCAACCGCAAGAACCCCAACGGGUGCCCCGCUCGGGCAACAUGGUACACUCAAGUGGAUUACAGCGACCCUUACAUGGUAACGCAGUGGUACGCUCAAGGCAACGAAAUCGCCGACCACACCAUCACCCAUAGCUUCCCCACCAACGCUGAGAUCGUUGGGAUGGCAAAGUGGGCCAACGAACUUGCGGGUAUUCCAAAGAGCAAGAUCAAGGGUUUCCGCUUCCCCUUGUUGAAUUACACCGCCGAGGCCUUUGGAAGGCUGUCCUCGUUGGGCUUCGAGUACGAGUCGAGCCUGAGUGCUACUGGGCCCGACAAUGUCUGGCCUUACACCCUCGACUACGGAACUGUCAAUGCCUGUCUGGGAGCCAUCAACAUCUGCGGACAAGAUCUUAAGGCAAAGGGCAUGUGGGAGAUUCCCAUGUACAGUGCCAUGGACCCCUACAAUCUCCCAAUCUUGACCGCUCCUACGGCACCCGCACAGGUCACUGCGAACUACAAAACGGAUUUCGACAACCACUACAAGACCGGCCGCGUCCCGUACGGAGUCUACCUCCACCCAACAUGGUUGACCGCAAACACCCCUGGCCAGCCUGACGGCACUGCCAAGCUCGCGGCCGUCAACGCUUUCCUCGACUACGCCAUGGCCCAGCCCAACACCUGGAUGGUGACCGGAUCCCAACUGAUCGAGUACAUGAAGAACCCCGUCCCAGCGGCCCAGCUCGCAUCCCAGCCCUACAUGAACUGCCAGCCCAACCCUGCUCCACCAACGACGAUCUGCAAUGGUCUCGCUGGUGAUGCCGCUACUGGCAACGCCGCACCCGAGACUUGCAACUUCGCCACUGGUGCGUUCCGAACAUGCUAUGGAUGCCCGUCGGCGGUACCUUCCCUCGCGGAUGCGUCCCCUGCCUCCACAUCCACACGUGCGCGUGUUCCCGCCACCUGUGAUCCACUCUGGUGGGAUCCCAUCGCUGCCAAGUGCCUGUGUACGGUCGCUGCGUGCGCUCCGGGCGUUGACCCAACCGGCGCCCCUGGAAACACCACCGUGGGCACAAACUCCACCGCGUCUGCCAAUGGGACCACGCCCAGCAAUGGAAGCUCUGGAAGCUCGGGGAACAGCACCACCAAUGCCAAGAACUCUGCAUCCUCGGUGAUGUCUGGUCUCGGUACUGCGGCAGCUGUCGUUCUGGGAUCCGCUUUGGCGUUGAUCUGAACCAACUCUUUUUGGUUCAUUCCGGCGUAAUCUUUCCGGCGUAUGUCCCGCUAGGGAUUGCACAUAUAAGUUCACCACCAUAAGUUUGGCUGCGGAUUCUUCGUUGGAUUCUCUGUCCCUGAUUAAAUGUAGAUCCGCUGCUUCGUUUCUUCCUUCGCAAAAUAUGUAUUCUUUACG